GCACCUCGACUGGGCAAAAUCGCGUAAAAUGGAAACAGAAUUUCGUUGUGAGGUUGAGGUUGGCCGUUGAAAAAAGUGAACAUGGGAAGGUCCAAGUUUCCCGGGAAGCCGCCGAAGACGGUCACUAGGAAACGGAUCAAAGUUCUCGGCCAGCCUGAGACAGCCCAAAGCGAUUCGGUAACCGUUGCCGAGAACAUCUACUACGGACUUUCCCUGUUCAACGAAACAUUUGGUGACAACGAGAAGGAACAUCCACCAUUCCAUGGUUUUAGCACUAAAGAGGCUAAUCUUUCCGUGUCUUACAUAAAAACGCAACAACAUGACACAGAAAACAAAACUGUUAAAUUAUCACCUGAUGCUAUUGAUAAACCGAUACCACAACAGAAUGAACAAAAUGUCACAGAUAUUAAAAAUUCUCCAUCGAGUACUGAAAAUAAUACAGAGAAAUUAUGUGAUAAAAAUAUAAAACCAACAGAAGAUAUUAAGAAAGAUGUGACUAUGUUAAAUUCCAAACGUGCUACUAAAUUUCACAGACCUAAAAGUCGCAGAAGUUGUAAAAAUAUAAAAUUCUCGAAUUUUAUAAAAACACCAGUAUUAAAAUCAGUGAACAAUAUUUUAGAUCAGCAUCAACGAACAAGACAACUACGUAACAGUACUGCAAAGAGAUUAUUGCAAAGGGCAAAAUCUAAUAGUAAUAAUGUGCGUAAUAUGACUGCACAAUGUGGAGAUAAACCAAAUGCUGUACGAAAAUUUAUUUUACCAGUUCGAAGUGCCCAUUCGUCAAGAGUUAUUAAACCAAAUAAAAGAUUUAUUGAAGAAUUAGAAGAAAUUUCUGGAGCAGAGCACAGUGAAAAUGAAGUUGCUACACACGUGAAGAAAGCUAAAUUUGCAUUAAAUAAAUUGUGUAAUCAGGAACCAAAAUUGAAGGAGGGAAAUGUUAAUAAAUUAUGUACAAAAUUAAAAAAUAAAGAAGCAAGAAAUAAGGCCAAAAAGGUAGUUCAACGUGUAAAUUCCAAUGUGCAAACUGUUAUACAAUCUGCAAAGAAUUGUGAAAGAUUAACACCUUCUGUACAAGACGCACAAGUAUCAAAAAUUAUUAAUACAGAUGUUAAAAGAUCUAAUUUAUCCAGUAAAAACAAAACAAUAAAGAGUCCAUCUGAUGAAUCCAAUAGUAUUCAGGAUAGUACGCAAAAUAUAAUCAGAAAAGCUCAAAAUGUAAAAUUAACUGUAUCCAAAAACCAGAAAUCAAUUUCUGUUCCUACAAAAGUUCUUCCUGAUUCCAAUGUUCCAAGUUCAGAGUCUUCCAGGAUUCAAACAAGAUCAGGAACUCAAAGUGAAGCUGUUGAUCUAGAAGUUCAAACAAAUUUUGAAGAUAUAGUAAAACUAAAAGAAAAUACUAAUGCAAAAAGUCAAGUUAGUUCUGAUCAUGGGAAUAAAACUACAGAGGGAAAUUCAGAUAACUUUGACACAGAAAGUACAUUGUCUGAAAGUGGAAGUGAACAUAGUAAUCAUACAGAAGAUGAACAGUCCGAAUGGACUGGAAUGAAAUUAAAUGGUGGAAAAGUUGUUUUAAGAAAAGCAAGAUUAAAAUUAGAUAACAAAUGUGUUGGUGGAACUGAAGGACCUUUUUCAACAACAAAUAAUAAUAGUGUUACAAAUGGAAACACUAACUUAGGCUUGACAGGCACUAUAAAAUGCGGUGUUUGUGGUGCUGUGCGAUUUUAUCGGUUUGUAAAACAAGCUCGAAAAUUUGGUAUUCACAGUUGUGAAUCAUGUAGAAAGUUUAUCAGUAAAAUGAUUAAACGACAGGCUUGCGCAAAAUCUACCAGUAGUACCCUUCCAAUCCUUCAAUGUCAUAAAGGCGACGGUUUAUGCUUAGUACCACCUGUUGUAAGAAGUCAGCAAUGGAAUCUCAUGAGAUGUGUUUACAAAGCUAGAUGUCCAGCUUGUUGGUUAAAAAUGUGUUUGAAAUGUUACAACAUUCCUUCUUCAUUAAGAACAGGUUUAAAUGCACUAUUACCACCAAUGAUGCGAGAUCCUCUGAGUAUUCCAUUAUCAUUAAAUCAAGAAGAUAGUGAUAAUCAAGGACAAAAAUUAAUAUCUUCUAAGUUAGGCUGGCCCGCAGAAGACAGUUCAGAAAAGAACUUAUUUAAAUCAGCCAUGAAUUGGAGAAAUAUAGAAAUGGGUCAAAAAACUAGUUAUCAAGGUACUGGUGGUUUUCUGUAUACAAAGAUAGAUAAAUUUGAUUCAUCACUGAAUAUAUCACCUAAUAAAAAGAGAAGAAAAAAUAAUAGGAUAAAAGUGAGAAAGAAAUUGAAAAAUCCAAUGUUCUCUUCACCAUCUUUAAAUCAAUGUCCACAACCCCUGAGACAGAGACUUGAAUUAAAGGGACCAAGAGUUAAACAUGUUUGUCGAAGUGCAAGUGUUGCUCUUGGUCAACCAAUUGCUACUUUUCCUUUCACAGAUGGAAAAGAAGAUACUGAAAGCAAUAAGCACAUUCCGAAAACUUUGAAGGAAAAUGAUAGGAUAGAAAAAAAGGAUGAAGUAAAAGAGAAAGAACCACAAAAGCAUAAUUAUGAAAAUACAGUAAAUCAUAAUACUAUUAACAUAACACAACAACCUCAUCCGAAAAGAGGAAAACCGCAACAAAAUAUAUCGACGUCUAAUUUUCAAGUCGUACCUAAAAUAAGUAAUGAAACUGUACAUACAGUAUCUAUAGAUUUUUGGGAACAGUAUGAUCCUACAGAAGUUGGAGCAAAAGGUUUUGCCCUUAUUGGUUCAGAACUCUUUCAUACUCCUGCUAUUUGUUACCUUUGUGGAAGUGCUGGAAAAGAACCACUCAUCCACUGUCAAUGCUGUUGUGAGCCAUAUCAUGCCUUUUGUUUGGAACCCAGUGAAUGGAAUGCUUGUGCCCAACCAAACUGGUGCUGUCCUCGAUGUACAAUAUGCCAAUCCUGCCACCUAAGAUCUGGUCCAAAAUUGUCUUGCAUUCGUUGUCGUCAAUCAUUUCAUCACUCGUGUUUGUCAAAAUCUGGUGUUAGUGCAAGACUUUACAGUCCUGAAAGACCUUAUGUGUGUCAAAGUUGUGUCAAGUGUAAAAGCUGUGGUAGUGAAGGAGUUAAUGUUCAUGUGGGCAAUUUACCAUUAUGCUCCAUGUGUUUUAAAUUACGUCAACAAGGAAAUUAUUGUCCACUGUGUCAAAGAUGUUACAACGAAAAUGAUUUUGAUACAAAGAUGAUGGAAUGUAGCGAAUGUUCUUAUUGGGUACAUGCUCAUUGUGAAGGUCUUUCUGAUGAGCGUUAUCAGAUUCUUAGUUAUUUACCCGAUACAAUCGAAUUCACGUGCAGCCAAUGUUACUCAAAUGCUAAUUCUGUUUGGAGAAAUGCCAUAGAAGCUGAAAUUAAAGCUGGUUUUAUAGGAGUUAUAAAAUCGUUGAGUAAAAACAAAAAGGCUUGUGCUGCAUUGAAAUGGAGUCCAAGAAAAGAAUGUCUAUGUAGACCCAUUUCUAGUGGGAAAAAGUUGGAUUUUUCAGAUGAAAAAACAGAUUUGAAUACAGUACACACUAAAGAAGGUCUCAAUGUGGAGGAACCUGAAGAAUGUACUAAUGAAAAAAUUAAAAAUGCAGAAUUUAGUCUCAAUAAUAAUUCAAAAUCUGAUUCAGUAAGUAAACUGGAUGAAGAUCAACCGAGUGAUUGUACUAAUAGAAGGGGUUUGAGACGUCUUCGGCAGAAGUUUCAUUUAAAAGAAUGUUCUGUUCGAGUAAAAAAUUGUGCUUUAAAGGAUACUCAAGAUAGUGAUAAAAAAGAUUCGGUAACUCAAGAAAAUUCAAAUGGUAGUUCAAACGAUACAGAAUGUCACUGUUCGGACCAGCAAAUUAUUGUUAGACCUUCGCCUACAUUAAUGUCAGUGAAACGAAAAGUUAAUAAUAAUGAAUAUAAAACGUUAUUGCAGUUUCAUUGUGAUAUGGAAUAUGUAAUUAAUCGCACCGGAACUAAGGAACUUAUUGAUGCUUAUCAUAAAAUUUUACAGGAAGUGUUUCCAUGGUUUAGUCCAAAAAAUAUUAAAAAUAAUGGAAAGAAUGAUGCAUUAACACCUACCAAGAAUAUUAAUAAAGAUGAUAGUCUAGUUACGAAACUUGAUGAUUCUAUUCUAGAAGUAUGGAAAGAAGAAGUGAUGAAGGCACCAAAAGCAAUUGCGGCCAAAACAGCAAAUUUAUAUAAUGUUCAUGUUGAAGACAGUAGAUCAUGUUGUUUGUGCAAAGGUUUAGGUGAUGGUCCAGAAACAAAAGAAGGACGGUUAUUAUAUUGUGGACAAAAUGAAUGGGUGCAUUCAAAUUGUGCGCUUUGGUCUAAUGAAGUGUUUGAAGAAAUCGAUGGUUCUUUGCAAAAUGUGCAUAGCGCUAUUUCAAGAGGUCGGUUAAUUCGUUGUUCGGAAUGCGGAAAGAAGGGAGCAAGUGUUGGUUGUUGCGCAAAAAAUUGUAGUAGUACCUUCCAUUAUCCUUGUGCGAGGAACGUUGGACUUGCCUUUAAUGACGAUAAAACAGUAUUCUGUUCUUUGCAUUUAAAUAACUGCACGCAUAAAACAUUACAAAAUGAGAUUGAUUUUAGUUUACAAAGACCAGUAUAUGUGGAACUAGAUCGUAAGAAAAAGAAAUAUGCAGAACCAAGUAAAGUAAAAGUUAUGAUAGGUUCGUUAAUGGUUGAUUGCUUAGGUACUGUUAUACCUGAAUACUCCGAUACAGCAGAAAAGAUUAUACCCUGCGAUUAUAAAUGUUCUCGGCUAUACUGGUCUACAGUAAAUCCAUUUAAAAUUGUAAGAUAUUAUAUUAGAACAUAUAUACAAGUAUAUGUACCAGAAGUUUCUCCCGAUCUAGAAAACAAUAUAACUAUUGAUCAUUCUAAAGAACAAGAAAAAGAAGAUGCAUUAGAUACACAGAAAACUGAGUAUUUAGCUGUGAAACAAUCUUUAGACGCUUUAAUCGAUGCAGUCUGUAAUAAAGAAGUCGACGAAAAUUUAGCAGAACAAAAUAAUACAGAUCUUUUACCUCCGGAAUUGAAAGAAGCUAUAUUUGAAGAUUUGCCGCAUGAUUUAUUAGAUGGUAUUUCCAUGCAAGAUAUAUUUCCAAAAAUGACGUACGAAGAUUUUUUAGCAAUGGAUUUAAAAAAUGAUGGUAAUUUUGUGACUGAUUUAUUUAAGGAUGACAUGUUGGCAUCUGAAGUAGAUGAAAUUAUAAAACCACCUGAAAAUAAAAUUUCAAAGGUAGAUCCUCCGUUGUUAGAAUUAGGAGCACAUAAUGAUCUGUGGGUUCAUUUAGAAGCAAAAACUUCUGUGCAAGAUUUAAUGGAUGAUUUAUUUAGUUCUAAAAAUCAAAAACGUGGAGGCAGAGAAUUAAAACGAUCUAAAUCGGAAGUAAUUUCAAACAGUCCAUUAAUUGUUGGAGGACAAAGGCAUCAUCAACGAUCUUGCAGUUUAACUUGGAGUUGUAAAUUGGAUAGUACUUAUGGUCCUAGUAUAAAAAGAAGAAAAUUAUCUAGAAACUCAAGUAUGACAAAAUCAAAUGAGACAAGUGUGAUGGUAUUAGAUUCACAAAAUGAACGGCCACCUACUUUACAUGAGUUACGGAUCCCAGAUAGUAUCAUGGUUACUGUAGGCAGAGCAAAUACACCUAAUAUUUUAUCUGAUUCUAUGCGGGAAUUAAAGUAUUGUAUUGAAGAUGCCAGUGGUAUUAAUCGUAGAGUAAUAUCUACUAGUCGGGAAGAAGGAAAAGAACACAAACGACUCUUUUGGCAUGCAAGGCAACAGCCACGAAUAUUACAAGUUGAUGGACCGGCUGAUCCAAGUAGUGCCAGUGAAUGUAGUUCACCAGAAUAUAAUAUUGAAGAAAAAACUACAGGGUUACGUAUGACGGAACACUUAUCGAUACCACAAUUAGACGGUAUUAACGAUGAAUCUUCAUGUGAAAGUAGCGAAUUUUCUUCAAUUACUGAAAAAGAUAUUAAUUCUUCUAUCAAAUCUUCGAACAAUGUUUUACGAUCAAAGCGAAUUUAUGGGUUUAUUAGAUCACAUAUUGGAAAGACUAAUGAUAAAACACAAAAAAUAAAAGAAAGUGAUAACUUUCCCACUUGUCAAAAAUAUGCAGUGCAUCAAGCUAAUUUUAAAGAAAAUAAUUUGAAGUUGAAUUUGGAAAUUCCUCAAUUAGAUGGAGCUGAUGAUAUUUCCAGCGAUGAUGAGUGCAUAUCACCACAACAUGUUGAAAAUGAAAGAACGAAUAUUCCUUCUCAAUGUGAAGCACCAUUUGAUCAUAUAGAUCGCCCUGUAACUUGUAAACGAUGCCGUUGUACCUACAGAACACAAGAUAGUUAUAAUAGACAUUUGACAAACUGUGAUAUCAUGAUAACAAGUGACAGUGAUUCAGAAACUAUGGAUAAUAAAUUGGCAUCACCUGAUUCUAGAUUUUCUCCAAGUAUUGGAUCUGUGUCUCCACAAUUUAUAACUUUGUCUCCAGUACCAUCACCUCAUCCAGCUAUUCAAAUUGAUCCAAUAGCACAAGCAAUUAUUACACCACAAAUUCAUACGCAUGCUACUGUGGAAACUGUUCAUCAAACAGUAUUAACAUCUAAUGACAUGAUUGUACAAACACAAUACACCAGAACAACAACUACAUUACCAAAUGCCACAGUAUUACCUCAAGAAAGUACUGUUCAAAUAACAGAAAUUACAGACCCACCAUCUGUUGCAAGUGAUUCCAAUAUGUCACAAAAUAUCAUUAAUACUCCUAUAAAUUCUCCAGAUGGUGCAAGUUCCCAAACAGUCCCAAGUCCACAGAUAUCACCUACAUUUUCUUCUACUGGUGUACAGACUGCAAGUAACGAAUCACAGGCAAAUAUUCAAAUAACAAAAUUAACUAAAUCAAAGUCUCCAAGGGCGCCAAAGCCUCGAACUAAAGGGAUUAAAACACAGAUUGUAAAAAAUACCAUACAGCCACACAAUGGGCAUGCUAGGUUUCAGCCAAUGCAAAACAAUACUCCAGUUAUACAAUUGCAACAAGCUCAAAGACCAAGUGGGCCAACUGUAAUAUUACAACAAGCAUCUCCUGGUAUCAUGUCUGCAUAUGUUGAGACUUUGCAACAACAGUCGGGACAAAAUCUUCAGUAUGUAACAACAAUUGGAGGCCAACAUGAAACUGCAUUUAAACCACAGUUUAUAACAACUAAUCACUUAGUUCCUGGUGCAUAUAUACAAGCAUCCUCUGAUAAUUUAUUGACAUUACAAAAUGGCGGCAUAUCGAUAUUGCCAGGUGUACAAAUUGCUCAAACACAACCAACAGUUCUUGGAACAAUUAUACAGCAACAACCUAGUGCAAUUCAAUGUGGAGUUAUAUCAUCUGAGCAACUACUAUUAAGUUCAACACCAACACUAGAGAUGUUUACAGAUUCAACAGGCAGUAUGUUUCUUUCAAACCAACCAAUGUAUUAUGGUUUGGAAACCAUUGUAAGCAACACAGUAAUGUCUUCCAGUCAGUUCAUGGCUGGCACAGUACCACAGGUGUUAGCAAGCAGUUACCAAACAACAACACAAGUUUUUCAAGCUUCAAAACUCAUGGAACCUAUUGUGGAUGUUCAGGCUGUUCCAGGUGUCCCUACUGUAACAGCAGUGCAAUCUGUACAGAAUGUACCUGGAGUACCUGGUGUGCCUAGUGUACCUAAUGUUGCUAACGUACCCAAUGUAUCCAAUGUACCCAACCUAGCUAACAUACCUAAUGUACCUAGUGCAACCAAUGUACCUAAUGUUCCAAGUGUAACCGCUAUACCGACUAUACCCGCUGUACCCUCUGUAUCCAAUGUACCUAACAUAUCCAAUAUACCAAGCAUAACAAAUAUCCCGAAUGUAUCUAGUGUUUCCACAAUACCCAGCGUAUCUAGUGUGCCCAAUGUACCUAGUAUACCCAGUGCAUCUAAUACAUCUAAUGUACCUAAUGUACCUAGUGUACCUGGUAUACCUGGUGUACCUAGUGUACCUGGUGUACCUAGUGUACCUGGUGUACCUAGUGUACCUGGUGUACCUAGUAUACCUGGUAUACCUAGUAUACCUGGUAUAUCUGGUGUACAUAAUGUACCCAAUACACCUAGUGCACCUAGUAUAUCUAGUGUACCUAGCGCACCUGGUGUAGCUAGUUUACCUAGUGCAGCUAAUGUGCAGAGUGUACCUAAUGCACUUGGUAUAUCUAAUGUACCUACUGCACCUAGCAUAUCUGGUGUGCCUAACGUACCUAGUAUAUCUAACAUGUCUAAUAUGACUAGUGUACCUACUUUACCUAACACUUCUAACAUAACUAAUAUGCCAACUGUACCUACUGUUCAAAAUGUGUCCACUGUUUCCACAUUAUCAUCUAAUGUCGGGAAUGUUUCCAAUAUACCUACAGUACCCAGUGGUUACGUAGUUGUAAAUCAAUCAACACCUAUAGCAGAAUCUAUUGUAACGCCACAAAUUAAUAUGCCUGCAACACCUGAACAAAACUUUGCUUCAGCCACAUGUAAUACCAUAUUGCCUGUAUCAUGUCAAAGUGUUGUAGAGCCAGUAACUUCAAUACAACUACCAGAUACAUGUCCACCUGAACCUCACGCUGUAGCAAGGAUAACAUCGUCUCCUAAGUUGUUGCAAAACUCGAUACCAACGAUACCGAGAGUAGCUGUACGUCCAAGUCCAGUUUCUAAUUCUGUUACACAACCAAACAAUGGACCAUGGAAAAUUACAGAACCGCUAUUUGGUUCGGAACAGAUGAUGAACAAUAGCGUCCGACCGUACUUUGACUCGAAACAUGUAUCAGAGAAUACUAGUAUGAUAAAAUCUAGCAUAUCAUCUAAAAUACCCCCAUUACCUAAUCAUUGUAUAACUCAAAGGGAUAUAAUUGUAAAUAAGUUAAAUCAUGAUGUAAAUAAUGUGCAUAAUAAUUAUAGUAGUACUGUAUUGAAUUCAAACAAUAUUAAUGUAAGUGCAAGUAAUAAUCCAGUUAUCGCUAGCUCGACUGUACAAAAUAAAAUUACAAUGUCUACAAGUAACGUACCAACGAGUCGACCGAUGAAUAGAGUAUUACCUAUGCAAGCCGUAACUCCGAAGCAAGAUACGACAAAGGCCAUGCAGAAAACAGAAAUGAUCAUAGAAGAGCCAACGAAACCAGUAAUUAAACCAGCAGAACCGGAACAAAAACUUACGGAACCCAAGAAACAGAACGUCGAAGCCGUAGUACCAACAGUUAAGAAACCAGAAACGACUAUAAAUAACAUAAACGAAACUUUAAAGCUGAAUACCGAAACGAUUGAGAAGGUGAAAGAAAAUCUCAAGUUGGAACUGGACAAAGAGAAACUGCAGAAUGCCUCGUUAAAAAUAGUGCUGCAAAAGCAACUGCAAGACGGUUCAUAUAAAAUUACGCAUAACAUGAAAGCAAUGACGCAAAACAAGAAAUCUCCGCAGGUAACGUCUGUUGAAAUAUUGCCAUCGAAGCAGGUACCACAGAUAGCUUCUUUGCAAUUGUUACCGAUAAAAACGUUCACGUUGAAAACUAAUAAGAUUGAAGAGAAGGUCAAGCCUAUCGAUAACAAAUUCAAUAUACUGAAAACCAAGACUCCUCCAGUUGCUGUUAAAAAACCAAGAGUGAUCAGUAAGUCGAUUAAAUCUGUGCAACCGACUUCACCGAUUCCACAAACUCAAAAGAACACCUCGAAAGGACCGACGUUGAUGUACGAGAUCAAGUCACAGGAUGGAUUCACUCGUACCGCUUCAUCGAUGGCCGAAGUAUGGGAAACUGUAUUUCAAGCUGUUCAAAAUGCUCGAAAAGCUCACAAUUUAUCACCGUUGCCUCAUAAUCCUCUCAUUGAAAAUUUGGGCUUGGAAAACAACGCCACUGUGUAUCUGGUUGAGCAACUACCGGAUGUAAACAGAUGUACCAAAUACAAACCCAAGUUCCAUAACUUAGCGCCGCCUAAAUUGGGAGAAACAGAAAAUGAUUUACCGACUGCGUGCGAUAAUGGUGCUGCCCGUGCAGAAACGUUCAAAGGAAGGAAAGUUCACGACAUGUUCAGUUGGCUCGCAUCUAGGCACAGGCAACAACCAAAAAUGAUUGCCAUUUCGGAAGCUGAAUCCAGACGUGUGACAAGCACAAAUUUACCAAUGGCGAUGCGUUUUAGAAUACUUAAAGAAACGUCGAAAGAAUCAGUUGGUGUAUAUCAUUCUCACAUACAUGGUAGAGGUUUGUUUUGCCUGAGAGAUAUUGAAGCCGGAGAGAUGGUUAUUGAAUAUGCCGGUGAGGUAAUUCGAGCCUCGUUAACCGAUAAACGAGAAAAAUAUUACGACAGUAAAAAUAUAGGAUGUUAUAUGUUUAAAAUUGACGAUCAUCUAGUCGUCGAUGCUACAAUGAAAGGAAAUGCAGCUAGAUUUAUUAACCACUCAUGCGAGCCAAAUUGUUACUCGCGAGUGGUGGACAUCCUAGGUAAGAAACACAUUUUAAUUUUCGCUCUCCGUCGCAUUACUCAAGGAGAAGAGUUAACAUAUGACUACAAAUUUCCUUUCGAGGAUAUCAAGAUUCCAUGUACCUGCGGUUCCCGCAGAUGUCGUAAAUACCUCAAUUGAGACUGCAUAUACAGCUAUCGUAAGCAGCCAACUGGCACAGCAAAAAAAUAAUGUGCUAUAAUUAUGUGCGCUUUGGAAUAGGAUUCAUUUUAUUGAACGUUAUUCAUUUAAUCAUCAAACUAUUUUCAGAGAUUGCAGCUUUUUAUUACUAUAAAGGAAAUAGAUAUACAUUUAAAAUAUUAGAAGGCCAGAUAUAGUACACGAAACAUCGCGUUAUGACAAUGUUACUUUAAACAGCUACGUUUCGUAGUUGUUUUAAGGGGUAUACUUAUAGCAAUAAACAAUUGAAUAUGUCCUGCUUUCAUACCCAACGAGCCUCGCGUGCUUCAUCACGUUAAGACUCGUGAAAGUGUUACUUUAUCCACGCCUGUGCUUUUAUGCACGUCUUCUAAACUCUACUUAUUAUCUACUAUUGAGGCUUAAGUGUACAAGUUAUCGUCACUUUACACUAAAUCCGAAACGCUUUUAGCUUAUAUGCAUAUGUAUAUGUACACCUAUAUAUAUAAAUUUCUUCUCUGCAUACUUCGUCUUGAGUUAGAAUUUUAAUGAUUCUACGUGUAAUUGGACCAAACUGAAAUGUGUGAAAUUGAACAAAAUGAAUAGCACAAACAAAAAACAAAAAAAAACGAAAAAUCUGCGUGUACUUAGAUGAAAACUAAUGUUUUCCAAGACCAUAACUUACUUUCCUUCGCAUGCUUGAACAACGUAGGAACAAUGUACGUUUACUACGUGAGAUAAAGAUUAAACGGUCACGUUACGAGCGAAACUUGUGAAUUAAAAAGCACACAACUUUAUUGUGAAUUUCGAUUUUACAUAUAAUGAUAUAGUUACAUAUUUUUAAAUAUUUUAUGUAAAUCUAAAAUUUAGUGUACAGUGUACGACUAACUUCGUGACAUUUCAUGUCUGAUGUAGGGCCAGAUUUCGAAUGUUCUUGUAAAAUAUGUAAUUGUUAGAUUAGACACUGUCUUGAUGUAAGUACAGCUACCAGUUUAACUUAAGUUAAUAAUAUGGUCUUUAAGGAGAAAAAAAAGUAGAGUGCGCGCGCGCGAAAGAGAGAGUGAGAGAGAGAGAGAGAGAGAGGGGGGGAGAGAGUGGCAAGAAGGAACAGUUUCGUAGGAGAGACUGUUUCAAGGUGUACCUACUUUGGCAGACAUUGAUGAUAUUUUAAGUCUUACAGUAGUGAAAGAACGAAAAAGGAAAAAAAAACGAAGAAAGUGGGAAACAAAGAUUUGCUUCUCGACAAAAAUUGAAGUUCAUUUCAAAUGAAGGUUUAUCUACGCGCAAUAUUAUUUUGAUAUGUUUUUAUAGAUUUUUAAACGAUGCACCCAUACGUUUGUGCUUCCGCCUUGCCAAUAUUACAAUAUUAAUCUCAUUACUUAAUUUUUAUAUUUAAAGAAUGUAAAUCGCUGGAGAAGGGAAGAAACUCGUUUUUUAUUUUACAGAAACUGUCGACGAAACCGCUGAUCAUAUAGAGAUUGAUCAUUCGUUCCGCGUGGUUUCUGUUCAAAAUUUUUACU